CUUAUAUAAUGCUUAUGACCGAAGUGAGGUAGAGGGUAAAUUAGUUAUCAAAAUCGACCAAGAUGGUGAUCAUGUUCCCAAAUUUUCUGUUGCAGAUGAUAUUUCAGAAGUAUAUGGCCUACCCGAGAUUCAUGAAUGUAUUAACGGCCAAAAACUUUUAAGAGUCGUGAUUGACAUAGAUGCUUCAUAA